AUAGCAUUUUUCAAAAAAUUUGUGGACAGAAUGAAGGAAAACCGCAUGGAUUCUAAGCAGAAGCACCGAGUGGACUUUCUUCAUCUGAUGAUGAAUGCUCAUAAUAAUUCCAAAGACAAAGAGUCUCAUCAAGCCCUGUCUGACACGGAGAUCACAGCCCAGUCAGUAAUCUUUAUUUUUGCUGGCUAUGAAACCACCAGCAUCACGCUUUCCUUCGUCCUGCAUUCCCUGGCCACUCACCCUGAUAUCCAGAAGAAACUGCAGGAGGAGAUCGACAGGGCUCUGCCCAAUAAGGCACCAGCCAACUAUGAUAUAGUGAUGGAAAUGGAGUACCUGGAUAUGGUCCUGAGUGAAACCCUCAGACUAUACCCAAUUGGUAAUAGACUUGAGAGAGUCUGUAAAAAGGAUGUUGAAAUUGAUGGUGUGUUUAUGCCCAAAGGGUCAAUAGUGAUGAUUCCUUCUUUUGCUCUUCACCAUGACCCACAGCACUGGCCAGAGCCUGAGGAAUUCUGCCCUGAAAGGUUCAGCAAGGAGAACAAGGGCAGCAUUGAUCCAUAUAUAUACCUGCCCUUUGGAAACGGACCCAGAAACUGCAUUGGCAUGAGGUUUGCUCUCAUGAAUAUGAAACUUGCUCUCACUAAAAUUCUGCAGAACUUCUCCUUCCAGCCGUGUAAAGAAACACAGAUACCUGUGAAAUUAAGCAGAGAAGGACUUCUUCAACCAGCAAAACCCAUUGUUCUAAAGGUUGUGCCAAGAGAUGCAGUCAUAACUGGAGCAUGACGUUCCCUCAAGGAGUUCUAUUGGAUUCUUCAGAAAGUACAUUGAACCCUUUAAUUUAUCUCAUAAAUGAAUUCAAGAUAAAAUGGUUCUUAAUUGAC